AUGGCCGAGGGUGGGCGUAAAGGUCGGCGUCCUAUCCUCUUUUUGGGCCACAGGCUCUUGCCCCUAGACUUCUUCAAGAUAAGUCUAUUAGGGUCACCAUGGAUCGGUCCAAGACUAUCCUGGGUGAGCCCAUCUGGGCCUCCUUUGGUGGGCCCAUUUGGCUCCUUUGGGCCACCCAGUUCAAGCUCCUUUGGGCCUCCUUUAGUAGGCACAGGUGGCGUACCUUGA